AUGCUGAUUAUCGGCCCCUGUAUGUCUAUAGCAUGGAAAAAUGAUGUCAUCACUAUGAGUGUGGUAUUUUUAAGCUGCCUUUGGAUCUUUACCGUUGCCCUUGCUGUUGGUCUCCUUGUAUACUAUCUCGGUUAUAUUGGUUCAGAUGGUCCAAUGAACCGUGGAUGGUCUUGCUUCGCUAUGCUCCCGUUCACACUAUUGUUAUCGUUGGGUUUACCCGAAGCCAACACCAAGUUUAGCUUCCCAGGUCAAGCAAUGAUGAUGGUGUUCGCUUACUAUCCUAUUGCAUUCUACAUGAGUGAUCCCUACCAAGAAUCGAAAGCGAUGAUAAUUCUCGUUAUCUUCAUAUGUGGAGUAGCUUUCGUUCAACCUAUAGUGUGGAAGCUACUCCAUCUGACCCCAUCCAAAGGGCCUAAUCCAAUAGAUGCUUUCCUUUAUGCUUCUGCUGAUUUCUUCGAUAUUCUCACUGGUUAUUUCAAUUCAGCUGAUGAGCAUGUUGAUGUCAUUAGAUCAGCCGGUGGACAGUAUAAUAAUGUUUGUAUCAACAUCGCGUCUGUCAAGAAUAUACCACCCGCUGUUAGCGAGGUAGUCUGGAAUAUUGCUGGUGAGAUGUUCGCUCUCUACAAAUGUCUUACUGAAGAUCGUUUCGAUCGAAUGACGCAGGGGAUGUUGUGGGAUCCUCUAGCGUCUAACAUUCUUGACAUUCGCUCCGCCGUUGGACGGGUAUUGCGUAAAACGGCCGAUGGCGAUCCAUCCGCAGCCGAUGCAGAUAUUCAGAAUAAAAUAGCAGCUGCUGUGAAACGCGCUGGUGAAGUAUCGAAUAAGUUGAGUUAUUCUCAUGCGGAUGGAACUGCUGAUGGAGAGCAAUUCGAUCGUGCACAGAUUACACGGUUCUACUAUGCAUUUGAAUCAAUACUAUCACUGGCUGCCCUCACUGAGAAAUAUCGUCAACUGAAGGUGGAGGAGAAUGCGGAGGUAAAGGCGAAGAAGGGAAAGGAAGUAAGUUUUACUAACAAGUUCAUUACUAUCGUCAAGGCUAUCGGUAAUGGUAUCAUUACUUGGUUAAAGCGUCCACUCUUCAAUGAUCUAAAGGGUUUCUCUGAUCUGCUCUCUCGGCUCCGCAUUCCACUACGCACUGCCCUUACCAUGAACAUCCUCAUCACACUUCUCACUAUAUGGGGUGACCAUAGGCCUACUCUGCGCUUACAUGCUUUCUGGGCUGUUAUACCGCAGUAUGUCCUUUAUCUACCUACUGCUGGAGCGUCCCUUCUGAAGGGGACAAGACGUAUUGUUGGGACUAUAUGUGCUGGUUUGCUAGCAGUUCUGUGUCUCUACCUCCACCCUACGAGUAAGGCCGCUUUCUUCGUUGAAAAUCUUCUCCUUGUGAUCGGAGCAAAGGUACUCAUGACAUGCAAAGCCAUUGGCUAUGCUGCAUAUGUCGCUCAGUUCACUUGGGUUGUCGUUGGUUGGGGAAGUACUCUUAUGCCAAUGACACAGUCUGAACAGUUCAUGACAGCGCUGUGGCGUUUCGUCUUCACUGUUUGUGGAGUUCUUUUGGUGUUUCUGAUCAGCUGUCUCAUCUUCCCCAACUUUGCUGCCGCCCGCCUCAAUGAGGCAAGUAAAGAUUCCAUCAUGUUGGUCGCAGACUGUGUAACCCCUCUCUUAAUCGGACAGUGGAAGAAAGACUACGAAGCAGAUGAUGAACUUCAGGCUGCGCUGAUCGACAAAUGGGAGCACUUCGGUCAGGAAGCAUUUAAUCUCAUGGCUCUUCGUAUCAAUCAAAUGGAUGACGCCGCUGCCGAAAUCGUAGGUUAUGGUACUUUCCAUUUGGUGCCUUCAGCGAGUAAGCUUAUACGAACCAAGCAACGGGAGAUCUCCGACGUUCAACGUAGCGGCUUGGUUCUGUUCUCUUCUUGUCUGGUUCUUCAUCCACAUUACAAGGGUCAAUUUAGAGAGCGUGUCAUUCCGUUUAUGGACAGAAUAAUCUCCUUCAGUGAAUCGGUGCGAUCCUCUUCGGCGAGGAUCAGCCAAAUGAUGGAGAGCGGUGCGGCCGAAUCUACUGCAGAUGACGAUAAUCUCCACGUUGAAGUGCAGAGAUGUCUAGAGGCUAUGCAUGAUCUACAGAAUGAUAUUGUUGAAGAUUUCUUAACUAAUUCCGAUCGAGUAGGUGAUGCUUAUGCUUAUAUGACUUUACUUCAUGCCGCUUAUGCUUUAUGUGACUUCGCUACCUCCUGGGAGCAGUUGGAAAAUGCCCUCCUUGGCGAGAGAGUUCCCUGCGAGCUGACCUCGGAGUCUGUUCCUUUGCCGAAUGAUAUUCCAUUGACUUCUACCUUACGUGGUCGGACUCCAUCAGCGUCUAGAGUAUCGUAACUCCACAGGAUUCACUUUUCUUCUAUUGAACCGGUUGAAUCUGCAACUAGGAUCUAAAUCUGCCCACGAUCAUUCAGACACCGUUAGAUUUCAAUUGCUCGCGCUCAUU